UUCUCAGAAUUCCAUACAACAGGUUUGGGGAAAAACUAUACCUACCGCAUGUUAAAGGUAACUUUCCAGCUCGAGUCAUAAAGUCUACUUCACAUCAACAUGUGCUAAACAGAGCAAUCGUACAAUUAUUCAAUAAUUUCUCUUCGACAGCACUUUAUAUACGUUGUCAGAAUGUACCUACACUUUGUAAAUAGAUUAGAAGCAUAUUUACAUUGGGUUAGUUCGAAGAAUCUGUUCGAAUCGUAGGAUGAAGUGAUCUUAUUGUCUCAAAUAUGAGGAAGUUGAGAUGAGUAAAUGACGUCUGUGUAAUAUAAAGUUUCGUUGAAGAAUUGAAACAUUUUGCAAGAUGAAGAUUGGGGUCAUUCCAAGAAACUAUUAUGAAUACAUUGCUGUCUUUAUAGGUCAUCUAGGAGUGUUCAUUGCAGCGCUCUCUAUGACAUGGACAUCUCCAAUCUUACCAAAACUGACAAGCUUGGAGGAUAACCCUCUACAUAGAAAAAUAACACCCGGAGAGGAAAGUUUACUAGGUUCCAUAUCCAUUUCAGGCGGUUUGGUUGGUACAUUCCUAGCAGGUUACCUCGCCAAGACAUAUGGAAGAAAACCAAUUUUCAUAUUUCUGGCGAUACCAUUUUUGGUAUCGUUCACCAUAAUGGCAUUUUCUACGAACUUUUGGGAACUUUUUAUAGCUAGAAUCAUCGGAGGAUUUGCUUUAGGAGGAUUUUUCACUGUGGAUACCAUGUACUUCGCGGAAAUAUCAGAAAAUUCGAACAGAGGAUUCUUGGGAACUGCCAUGACAUGCUUCAUCAACUUUGGCCUUCUUUUGGUGCUGGUUAUUGGACCUUGGACUCCUUUCGUUUACUUCCACUUGAUCCUUGCAACAUUUCCAGCUGUCUUCAUUGUACUAGUGUACCUUUUCCUACCAGAAAGUCCUUAUUAUUUGGUGCAGAAAGAUUAUAACGAAGCAGAAUCCUGUCUCAAGAAACUAAGAGGUACAGCUGAUGUUAAGAGUGAACUCAGUAGCAUCAGAGAAAGUUUAGAUGAGGAGAAUCAGGUCAGUUUGAAGGAUGUGCUCAGAAACAAGGGUCUUAGAAGAGGCCUUCUCAUAGGCUGUGGGCUGGUCAUAGCCCAACAGCUUUCUGGAACUGCUGUUAUAAUGUCAUAUGGUCAGACAAUUUUCAGUGAAGCAGGUGGUAACAUCCCAAGUGAAAUUGGACCAAUCAUAAUAGCUGGUAUACAAUUCUUCGUUGGAUUCAUAGCUCCCCCUAUAGUGGACAAAUCCGGUAGAAAGUUAUUACUCAUGAUUUCUUAUAUUGGUAUCACCUUAGCGCACUUUAUAUUUGGCUCUUAUUUCCUUUUGAAGAAUAAGUAUGGGAAUGUAGGUUUUCUAUCGUGGGUACCACUUGCCAGUUUAAUUUUAUACAUUAUAACAUAUUCCUUGGGGUCUGGUCCACUUCCUUGGACUAUCAUAGGAGAGAUUUUCCCAAUGGAAGUGAAAAAUGUAGCUACUUCUGUAUGUAUCACAGUUCUCAAUGUAUUAGCCUUCAUAUUUUUAUUUGGUUUCAAUUUGGUCAAAGAUGAAAUUGGAAUAGGUGCCACUUUCUGGAUAUUUAGCGCAUUUGGCAUGCUGAGUACAAUUUUCAUUCAUUUUAUUGUGAUAGAAACCAAAGGAAAGAGCCUUUCGGAAAUCCAAAGAAUUUUAAAUACAUGAUGUACUAUUUCAUCAAAACUCCAUUGAGUUGAAUUAUUUUUCCAACAAAUGUUUGGUUGCUUCGAUUUUCAGACAAAUACGAAAAGCUGAUUCCUUUGUGAAGAAUAUCAUAAACAUUUCCUCAAUAAUAUACAGUUCUAUCCUUACUUUUGUAGGCACAUAUAUGAUAAAAUUAUUUAAAUUGUGAUAUUAUGUAAAAUAUUUGAAAUAAUUGAAUUCUUCAUCUUAUUGUGAUUAAUAAAUUUAUUUAAUUCAA